GUAAAGGAGUGCAUUUGUCAAAAAAAGCAAGACUGCGACAAAGUGAGAGUGAAAGGUCGAACAAGUAGAGCGAUGCAGACAAGAUGCUCAUGACAGAUAGAGGAGGGGCAGAUCGAGAAAGAGAGAGAGAGAGAGAGAGAGAGGUGAAAGGAAGAGAGGAAAUUAUAAGGGUCAGGUAGAAAGUCAGACAACUGCAUCCAUGGUGCCUGCGCAGACAGCUGUUUGACAGACAGCUGAAGGAUCUAAGUAGUGAUGAAGGAUUUCUGGUAUACCGCUGUCCUUAUUUUCAUCAUGUUUCAUGAAAGCACCCAGUCAAGUCAAAGACAAACUGGAGGUCUGAUCUGUGUAAACGACUACCUGAAAAACAUUUCCUGUGUGUGGGGGAACUCGACGGAUUUCUCCGCUCAGCGAUGUGAACUUCGGGGGAUCAGAGAUAAGAAUUUGCCAGUCAGCAGUUGUGAGCUGGUGCCACUGAACAGUCAUUCAUAUUCUGAAAGAGGUUGUGUUUUAACCUUUACCAUGCCGAACUUUAUCUUUCUUGAUGAAAUCAUCUUGAGUGUGACUUGUAAUGGAUCUCUCAUCACUACAAUGAUGUAUAAACCUUCUCAUAAUAUUAAGACUCAUCCACCGGAUAAGCCCACUGUGAGUGGGGUCAACAUAACCUGGAGUAAAGGUGUAAACUUCCCUGAGAGCUUAGAAGAAUAUGAAUUCGAGGUGCAGUGGAAAUCAAAAGACGUAGGAUGGGAGAUGGCGACAACUAGGCACGUCUCCCAUGGACCUGACAUUCAGUUGGAUCCUACCCGCCUGACUAUAGGAGAAAAAUACCAGGUUAGGGUGCGUGUGAAGCCGGUUGAACCUAUAAAUGACGAUUACCUCCGAGGGCAAUGGAGCGACUGGAGUCCUGCUGUGUCCUGGAGGUCUGAGGUUGGGAUGUUCGAAACUACAACAUAUGCACCAACAGUUGGAGUCUCCGUCCUGCCUGGCGAUAUCCGAACAGUUUUGCUCAUUGGUUUUCAUAUACUGGUUUUAAUCAUUGUCAUUUCUUUGUUCACCUACAAGGUGAAUAAAAGCAGAGGGUUAAAACCAAAACAACAACACAUUCCAGAUCCUUCCAAAUAUUUUAAACCUCUCCACACUGUCCAUGGAGGAAAUUUCCGGAAAUGGCUGGGCUGUCAGAACUCCAUCGGGCCGUUUCUUAAUCCGCAAUCAUGUGAUGAAAUCUCACCUGUCGAGGUCUCUGAUAUUUUGGAGGUGCCUUUUAUGGAUCCCGCUGCUCAAAUGUCUACCAACGGACUCCUUCACUCCGGUCAGAUGGAUUCUGGAGUUGACAACAGUGGAACCAGCCACGCGUCAUCAUCCAUUUUCUCCAACAUGGGCUACUUCUACAGCAAAUCUCGUUCGGGAUCCUUCCAUCUAGAAACCUGUCCUGUCUAUUUCACAUACCACCCCGAGAAAGACCCGAACUCGGCUUUCUCAUCCCCUGGCUCUUCGUAUGAUCGUUUACAAAGCCCGUGCUUCCAGUCGGAUGAUCCUAUGAGCCCAGACUCUGGGUUUGACAUGCCGGAGCAAUGUGAAGACGACAAAGAUGAUACAGAAAUCAUUGAUAGAGAUGGGAACGCUCUGGUUACCUUCAUAAUGUCCUUAUCUCAGGGUUCCCUCGGUUCUGUUCGCACCACAGAGAGUUUUCAUCCGAUUCCCGUCAUCGUACCUUGGCCUGAACCUGUGGGCUCGCCCAUCUACAAUCCCACAUGUGAGCCUGCAGAUGGCAGCGCUGUCAGACCUUCCUCUCUGAUCGAGCCCUGCGCAAGUGGCUAUCUGACCCUGAAAGAGAUGCAGAAAUACAGCAACAAGUCCAUCUAAGUGCAGGUCUAUUGCAUUCGCAUGAAUAUUCAAAGAUUAUGCAUUAAUUGCUUUUAGCACUGAACUGUAUUGCAUUGGGAGAAUUCAGAGGCGAUACAUUACAACAUCCGGUGGUGAGUUAGUUGUAACGGCUGCUUUGGUUACAACAGCUUUGAACUGUCAUAUCCUACAAGCAUUAUAAGCUACAUUUAAAGUAAUUGUUACCCUUUUGUUCAACAUGUUAUUGGUGAUACCUUGGCAAACUUAAAUAAUACCUUGCAGGAAAAUGCCACUAAGACAAUAUACUGCAAAGUGGCCACAAAUGUUUGGCUGUAAUUAGAGACGCUAUCACUUAAAUCUAUGUCAUAUAGCAUUUUUAUUUUGCAUUAAUUGACAAGUGUUUAAAAAUCUUUAAAAAACUGUGACAUAGCUAAAAGGUUAGAUCUGAAACUUUUAUUUUGAAAACAGAAUUUGCAUCAUCAACAAUGAUUCAUUUAACUGAAGUUCAAAGGGUUUGGUUAAUAUUUGGCUGCUAUUUUUUACUUUUUAUUAUUACUAAAUGCUCUGAACAUGGUAUAAAUGCUGCUUUAUAAAUAUGAAGAGCUCAGAUGCAAAAUCCUUUAAGUGCGUCUGACAUGUUUUUUCAGGCAGUUUAGGUUUUUUAAUUUUACUUUAAAGGCAUGAAAAUGUUAUUGGUCAGUAAUUAAAAUGCCUUAUUUUCACAAAUAUCACGUUCAUUGGUAGCCUACUGAACAAAUUUGAUCGUCUUUCGUUGCAAAACCCUCUAAGUGCAUGCAUAACUUUCCAGUCACUCUUUCAAAUAAACAUAUGCGCGUUGGCAUCCAUCCAAUUCUUCUUUCGUGCACUUAAAGGACUUUGCUGAAAAAUCAGUGUGGUGUUUUGAAUUUUUGAAUGGCCGAGAUUAAGCAGAUUUGAAGCGAAAGUAUUUGAUAAACGUGUAAGAGCAUUCAGUCAAUAUCAACAUCUAAUUUUGGACAUAGGUGGCGUUUAACCGCUUCUGCAUCUGAGCUCAUCGUAUGUAUAUAAAAGUUUUGAGGUUCAUCUUUGCCUUCAAACAGGAAAUCCAUUUAUAGAGCCUAUGAACUGGCAUUAGUGUAGUAUGACAAAACAAAAACAAAACAUAUAUCCAGGCAUUAUCAACACUUGUGCAUACUUCUUCCAUAUUAAAAUAUAUGUGUGUUAUGUAUGUAUGUGUUUCCUAACACAAAUUUCUAUGGAUUGAAGAAGCAUUAUUUGAGCAGUUAUGGAUUGUACCUCUCUACACAGCUUUCAAAGAAUGCUUAAUAUUUAUUAACAAUUUGUUAAUAAAUAUGAAAUGUUCUCCGUAAGCUUCAGCAAUGUGUAUUAUCUUUACUGGUUACAUACGCCUAUAUAAUACUGCUGGAUUAUAUGUAUUCUUGUUUAUAUGUGCACUUAUUUUAUACAAUAUUAUGGUUAUAGUAAUGUUUUGUUUUACUUUUUAUUAAACCAUACUUUUUGUAA